AUGGAUUUGCUGGGGAAAAGGAGUCAGCUGCCAACAGCGGAACUGUCCGACGAUGAAAUGGACGCGCUGAGCGGACUCACAAAGAUCAACCCCACAGGCAAGCAGGGAUCGUUCAAUCCAUACAAAACCAUCAAUCCCGAAUUUUUGUCAACCGCGCUCGAUCAGGACGAUGACGACUGGAUGUACAUGGGUGAAGACAACAAGCCACGAGAGCGAACAGGACACAUCUUCAACAUGGUCGGAUCUGGCGGUCUAGUAGGCGGCGCUUUCGGCGUCCUCAGCGCAACAAGAAUCCUCCACAACAGAAGCUUCCUCACACUCAAAUCCCUCAGACAUCCGAUCAAACGUUCCGAAAGUAUUACCGCCGUCGUUUCAAAUUGCAGAGAUUGGUCCGCAAAAGCUGGCACUUUCGCUUUUGUCACAUCCCUUGGUUGGGCGUUUUUGGACAAGCAAAUUCCAGUAGACCCGAAAUUCGGCUCGGCAUUCGGCGGAGCGAUCUUUGGUCUCUCUCCAUUUUGGCAUAAAGAUAUGAAUCGUACGCGACAGAGUUUGUUAAAGCAAGAGCAAGAAUGGCUAAGAAAUAAUAAUAAUAAAGGCCCAAGAUUUUGGCAGCUGAAUCAAUUAUUGGAGAGCAAAAUAUUGAACCGUUACCGCGCAGAAGGAAGCACCGUGCCAAAAUCGCUAAAUUUCAUGACGGGCAUGGGUCGCGUCGGAUUUUUCGCCACAGCUGCUUAUGGAAUCACGUAUGCAAUGGAGCAGGCAUCGAACUCGAAGGGAUUUAUUCGCGACGUCAAGCGAUGGAAGUGGUGA